AUGGAAAUAUUGAAGCAAGUGAGAACACAGCAUCGUAGAUUGUUUACUCAGUCAUGCAAUGAUUUUGCAAAAAUUGAGACUGAUAAUAUGAACGAUGAAGAGAAAUUGUUGAAAUUAAGAAUCAUAUCAGAAAAAGGCAAGCAAUUACUUGUAUCUGAAGAAAAUGUAAGAACUGAAUUGUUUUCGGAAGUUCGAGAUGAAAAAGAAAUUGAUAAAGAAAUAGAUGAUUCCGAAGUAUAUAUUGAUAAAAUUAGAGUUUCUGAUAUUAAAUUGGAAGAUUUACUUUCUUCUACUUCUGAAAAACAUAAUAUGUCCGUUACUAACCAUUUAGUUGUUGGUCCGACAAAUUUGCAGUAUCCAAAGAUUAAGCUUCCAGUCUUUGAUGGAAAUUUGAAAAACUGGCUCAGUUUUUGGUGCAAAUUUGAGAAAAUUGACAAAGAUCCAAAUAUUGGCGACCAUGAUAAAUUUCUUUAUUUAUCGCAAUCCAUGUUAAAAGGAUCACCUGCUGAUGAACUUUUAAGGAGUUUUCCUCCGAGUGGAGAGAGUUAUAAAACUGCAAUUAAUCAACUUAAAACUUGGUAUGGAAAGGAAGAAUUGUUGAUUCAAGUGUAUGUGAGAGAGUUAUUAGCUUUAGUAUUACAGAAACAAAGCAAAUCUGAGAAAUCUCUGCGGAAACUUUAUGAUCAACUUGAAUCAAAACUUCGAUCAUUAGAAGUGUUAGGAGUAACAAGAGAAAAAUAUGCUGCAAUGUUGUUUCCUCUAGUCGAGUCGUCAAUUCCAGAGGAAACGAAGGCGUGGGAAAGAUAUCGAACAAUAAAUAAGCAGUCAGUUGUUCAUGUUGUUCCAAAUGUUGAAGGAGCUGAACCAACUAUCAAGACUGACUUGGAUACUUUGCUAGAGUUCUUAGAGGGAGAAGUAGAGGCUGAAGAGAGAGUGAACAUGGCAUCUCAAUCCUUCGUGAGAGGUACAGAUGAUAGUGAGAAGCGAAGAAUUCCUACGAACGGUAGAUUCCAGUUGAAACAAAAAUUUGGUAAAUCAGCACAAGUACUUUCCACUUCUGAAUUGCUUACAUCACCACAUGAAAGGAAAAAAUGCCUUUUUAGUGAAAACCAGCACAAUUCUUGGGAUUGUGAAUAUGCAAAAAAUAGGAGUUUAAAUGAUAGAGAAACUUCUGUUGCUAGAUCACUUUGUUGUUUCUUAUGCUUAUGA